UCUCUCUCUCUCUCUCAACUCUCUCGAAUGAUGAAAGCUAAUCAGUUAUUGAUAAUCUCCUGAAAAAAGCUAAGAUAACAUCAUCAUCUUCCAUUUCAUAUUCCAUCAUGAAUCCCAUUACCUUUAAUCAGUUUCUUGUCUUUCUUGCUUUCUUUCCUUCUUUAGCUUCUGUUAAUGGCGAUGCUCAAGCUCAACACCUCUUGUCCUUCAAAUCUUCUCUUAAAAUCCCUAAUCUUUUACCAGAUUGGUUGUCUGGGAACCACCCUUGUAAUUUCACUGGCGUUUCUUGCAAAGACUCCUCGGUUGCCUCCAUAGAUCUGAGUAAUACUGAUUUGAGCUGUGAUUUUGGUUUGGUUUCUUCAUACUUGUUGACUCUUCCUUCUCUUGAAUCCUUUGCUGCUAAGAACUCUAAUCUCACCGGUGUUAUCUCUUUUGCUUCCGGUUCCAGAUCUCAGUGUAGUAAAGCUCUUACUUCUUUAGAUCUGAGUGGAAACCGGAUCUCGGGUUCGGUUUCCGAUGUUUCAUCCUUGUCUGUUUGUUCUGAGCUGAAAUCUGUCCAUCUUUCAAGAAACUCGAUGGAGUUUAAUGGUGGGUUGGAGCCUAUUGGGAUUUCUUUGCAGGUUCUUGAUCUGUCCUACAACCGGGUUUCUGGGUCGGAGCUUGUUCCGUGGAUAAUUUCAGAUGGGUGUGGUGAGCUCAUGGAGUUCAAUGUUUCCGGCAACAAUAUCUCCGGCGGUGUCCCUGAGAGCUUGAAAUCGUGUUCGUCUCUUCAGUCGUUUGAUAUCUCCCGGAAUAAUUUCUCCGGCGUCUUACCCAUGGACACCCUUUUGAAUUUGAGCAGCUUGAAGACUUUGGUGCUGGCUUUCAAUAACUUCGUCGGCGAGUUGCCGGAAUCUUUGUCGGAAAUGACCAAUCUGGAGAGGUUCGACGUGAGUUCUAAUCAGAUUUCCGGCGGAAUUCCUUCUGGACUCUGUAGUAGUACGUCACGCUUAAAGGUGUUGUACCUUCAAAACAAUCGACUUACUGGUCCUAUUCCUUCAAAUCUUAGCAAUUGUUCUCAGUUAGUUUCACUUGAUCUCAGCUUCAAUUCUCUCACCGGAAAAAUCCCUUCAAGUUUCCGUUAUCUAUCAAAACUUCAAGAUUUGAUCAUAUGGAUGAAUCUGUUAAACGGUGAAAUCCCAGAAGAGCUUAUGUACAUUAAAACUCUUGAGAAUUUGAUUCUUGAUUUCAAUUACUUAACUGGUUCAAUCCCAGCUAGUUUAAGCAACUGUACCAAUUUGAAUUGGAUUUCCCUUUCCAACAACAAAUUUACCGGCGAAAUUCCGGCCACCCUUGGUCGUUUACCGAAUCUCGCCAUUCUUAAGCUUGGGAACAACUCAUUUUCCGGCAAUAUUCCGGCGGAGCUUGGGAAUUGUAAGAGUUUGGUUUGGUUGGAUCUGAACACCAAUCAGUUAAAUGGGACCAUCCCACCGGAUCUUUUUAAGCAAUCUGGAUUCAUUGCCGCCGGUUACCUUACGGGAAAGCCGUUUAUAUACAUCAAGAACGAUGGGAGUAACCAGUGUCACGGUGCAGGAAAUUUGCUCGAGUUUGGGGGGAUCAGGCUAGAGGAUUUGGAUCGGAUUUCGUCAAGACACCCGUGUAAUUUUACGAGAUUAUACUUGGGGGUUACUCAGCCGAAUUUCAAUCAUAACGGUUCGAUGAUCUUCUUCGAUCUUUCGAACAAUAAGUUGGAGGGUGGUAUUCCGAAAGAGCUCGGAUCGAUGUACUAUCUCAACAUUUUGAAUUUAGGACAUAACGAUCUUUCGGGACCGAUUCCUGAAGAACUUAGCGGUCUAAAGAAUGCAGCCAUUCUCGAUUUGUCGCAUAACAGAUUGAAUGGCUCGAUCCCGAACUCAUUAACCAGUCUUUCUCUUGGAGAUGCGGACUUAUCGUUCAAUAAUUUGUCGGGUACCAUCCCGGAAUCUGCUCCGUUCGACACGUUUCCGGCAAACAGAUUCUCGAAUAAUUCCGGGCUAUGCGGGUACCCUCUUCCGUUGUGUCCAAAAGAUCUGAACGGUAGAUCAAACAGCCAUAAACAGUCGAAUCGACGAGAAGCGUCGCUUGCAGGAAGUGUGGCGAUGGGAUUGUUGUUUUCUCUAUUUUGCAUAUUCGGAGUGAUCAUAAUUUUGGUGGAGAUGAGGAAAAGGAGGCGGAAGAAGGCGGCUACCGCCCUCGAAGCCUAUGUCGAUGGUGGCGGUAAUUCGUAUUCCGGUGGUGGCCAUGCAAGCAGCGCUUGGAAACUAACGAGCACUCGUGAGGCUUUAAGCAUAAGCCUUGCCGCCUUCGAAAAACCGCUAAGAAAGCUCACUUUUGCCGAUCUCCUCGAAGCCACAAACGGGUUUGAUAACAACAGUCUUAUCGGAUCCGGUGGAUUUGGCGACGUUUAUCGAGCCCAGUUGAAAGACAACACGGUCGUUGCUAUAAAGAAACUAAUCCACGUCAGCGGGCAGGGCGAUCGGGAAUUCAUGGCUGAAAUGGAAACGAUUGGGAAAGUAAAGCACCGAAACCUGGUACCGUUGCUCGGAUACUGUAAAGUCGGGGACGAACGAUUACUGGUUUACGAGUAUAUGAAAUUCGGAAGUUUGGAAGACGUUUUACACGACCGAAAGAAAGGCGGGAUCAAACUAAACUGGGCCACGAGACGGAAGAUCGCAAUCGGGUCGGCCCGAGGAUUAGCGUUCCUUCAUCACAACUGCAUUCCGCAUAUCAUCCACCGGGAUAUGAAAUCGAGCAACGUCUUACUCGACGAAAAUCUCGAAGCACGGGUGUCGGAUUUCGGGAUGGCGAGACACAUGAGCGCGAUGGAUACGCAUUUGAGCGUUAGCACGUUAGCUGGAACGCCAGGCUAUGUUCCGCCAGAAUACUACCAGAGUUUCCGGUGCUCGACAAAAGGCGACGUUUACAGCUACGGCGUGGUGCUUCUCGAGCUCUUGACCGGAAAACAACCAACCGACUCGCCUGAUUUCGGCGACAGCAAUCUUGUCGGGUGGGUGAACCAACACGCUAAGAUGCGGAUAAGCGAUGUGUUCGAUCGAGAGUUGUUGCGGGAAGAUCCGAGCUUGGAGAUCGAGCUGUUACAGCACCUGAAGGUGGCGUGUGCGUGCCUUGAUGACCGGCCAUGGCGGCGGCCGACGAUGAUUCAGGUGAUGACGAUGUUUAAAGAGAUCCAAGCAGGGUCAGGAUUGGACUCCACAUCCACCAUAGCCAGCGGAGAGGCGCAUUUUAGCACGGCGGAAGGGGUGGAGAUGACCAUAAAAGAAGACAGUGAACAAGGCAAACACUGAUGUAUGCAUGGGUUUCUGUAUUUUAUAUGUAUUAUUAGUCUUUGGGGGUAAUCUUGUCAUUAUACGUAAAAAAACAAUGUUGAUCAAUUUUCAUGUAUAUAUUUACAUAAUAGCUUUUGAGAGUAUUUUUUUGCUUGCUUGUUU